UUUCUCAUAUAAGACGGAUGUAUCAUAUUACCUACUUAUUACCUACCCAGUCUAGCCUACAUCACGCUAACGAACGAGUAGCCGGAAAAAGACGGGUCUGACUAUUCUGCUUGGUUUCAAGUUAUCUAAAGAGCAUACCUGCUAGAUACUUAGUGCCUACCAUUGUUCUGUCAAGAAAACCAAAUGGCGCCGACGACCUUCACUGUUGCACCCUCCCUAGCCCCAUUCCAACUAUCAAUGGGGAAAUAUCUGGAAGCGCACCCGAAACUCGAAGGAGUAGCCGUCAGCGCCUUCGUCUUCAACCCGGAGGGCAAGCUGCUGCUUGUGCAACGAGCAGCGCACGACUCGUUGCCGUCGCUAUGGGAGAUACCAGGCGGGGCGUGCGACUUCGAAGACGAGUCUUUGUUACACGCCGUAGCACGCGAGCUAUGGGAGGAGAGUGGACUACGUGCUAAGUCUAUUGUUUCCCUCGUGGGAGAACCCCUUAUAUUCUUUCUCGGGCGGCAGCGACGCAUGUGCAAAUACUCCUUUCUGACCGAGGUGGAAGAUUACGAAGUUACGCUCGAUCCAAAUGAGCAUCAGGCGUACUUGUGGGUCACCGAGGAAGAGGCUAGAGCUCACAGGUGCGGCGAUGUCAAGUUCAAGUACACAUUCAAGGAGCAAGAGCUUGCGGUAUAUGAGGCUUUCGAGCUGGUGAAGAAAACGCAGUCUUGAGAUGAUUGUGACGGGUAGCUCUGGCAUAGCUAUAGCAUGACAUUCUUCACAAAAUAGAGUGGGAAUUCCGUUUUCAUAUUGCGCGCGUGGUUGUGCUGGCCGGCCUGCACUAGGUAGCUUGGGAGUACUGCAUCUCAGAAGCCUUGUAUGGGCACAAU